AUGUCUGAUUGCAAACCAAAGCCAACUCCAUGUGUUUUAGGAAUUGAAAACGUUUUGAGUAAGGAGUCCCCUGAAUUGAAUGAUCCUAAAUUGUAUAGGGCAAUGAUAGGAAGCUUAAUUUAUGUGAUGACCGGUACACGACCAGAUUUGUGUUAUGUUGUAACGAAACUGUCUCAGAAAAUGUCCAAACCCACACGAGCAGACUUGAGUAUAGCAAAGCACGUGUUGAGAUACUUAAAAGGCACACAAGAGUUAGGGUUGAUAUUUCAAAAAUCGAGUCAGCCACUAACACUUAAAGGUUUUAGUGAUUCAGAUUGGGGAGCGUCUAUAGAAGAUAGACGAAGUAUUACAGGUUACAACUUCCAGCUUUCACAACAAGGACCACUGAUAUCAUGGAAAAGCCGUAAACAACCAACAGUUGCAUUGUCAACGUGCGAAGCAGAGUAUGUUGCACUCGCUAAUGCAGUGCAGGAAGCAAAGUUCUUAAUGCAACUCUGUCAAGAUAUGAAGGUAGGUAUAAACGAAGGUAAGUCAUUAAUUAUGAUUGAUAAUCAAGGAGCAAUGAACUUAGCCAAGAAUCCAGUCCAUCACCAGAGAUCCAAACAUAUUGACAUAAAAUAUCACUUCAUUAGAUCAGAAAUACAGAAAGGUAGAAUUAACUUAGAAUAUGUAACCAGUGAAGAAAAUAUAGCAGAUAUUUUUACAAAACCAGCCAGCAAAAACAAAUUGGAGAAAUUUAAGCAGACAAUUUUAGGAAAGAUAUGA